GCGCGGCGGGCGGGCGGCCGCCGUGCCGCGGGCGCGCAGUGCUCCUCGCGCAGGACCGGAGUGGUGUUCACUCGGCGGCGCGCCACGGCGCGACAUGCCCAGCUGAUGUUUAUUUAUACCGCGAGCUCGGUGGAGGGUGCGCGCGGGAGGCCCUCCCCUCCGCGGCACCACGGUUUCGCGUGAUGCAGCCGAGCGAGCUAGCCGACGCCGCGCACGCCGCUAGCGGAAACCCCCCGCAGCGUGGGCUCAACGGUGGCCGUUUCGACUUUGACGAUGGUGGUACAUAUUGUGGUGGAUGGGAAGACGGCAAGGCCCACGGCCACGGUGUGUGUACUGGACCCAAAGCGCAGGGAGCUUACGCCGGCUCCUGGCACUUCGGCUUUGAAGUUUCCGGUGUCUACACCUGGCCCAGCGGCAGCUCAUUCGAAGGUCAAUGGCAGAAUGGCAAGCGGCAUGGACUGGGCGUGGAGACGCGCGACCGCUGGCUGUACCGCGGCGAGUGGACGCAGGGCUACAAGGGCCGCUACGGCGUGCGCCAGAGCACCAUCAGCAACGCCAAGUACGAGGGCACCUGGGCCAAUGGACUCCAAGACGGCUACGGCUCAGAAACCUACGCUGAUGGCGGCACGUACCAGGGACAAUGGAUGCGCGGACUGCGGCACGGCUAUGGCGUUCGGACGUCGGCGCCGUUCGGGCUGGCGUCGCACUACCGAGGCGGUGCGCGCGGCCAUCGGGGCUCCAUGUCCUCACUCAACGAGGGCGGUGCCGACCCCUCAGAGCAACGCACCACACGCAUGGACGACGCCCGCGGCGGGUUCGUGCUCACCGUCCGAUCCGACCAACCGUCGGGACGCCGCGGCUCGCUUGUCGGAAAACCCAAGGGACUACUCCAUAAAUGGCGCAAACAGCGCAGCGUCGGCGACCUGGACGGCACCGGCACGGGCUCGGUCCACUCCGGGGGCUCGGGGGGCUCGGGCUCUUCGUGGGUCUCCUCGGUAGACAGCACCCACUCCGCUAUGACCCAUGCCUCUUUGCACACAAACUCAAACGCAAGUUUCGUUGUCGAGGAUGAACAUUUGGAUGCGAGUGUCACAGAAACAUAUAUGGGCGAAUGGAAAAACGAUAAACGCACCGGCUUCGGUAUCAGCGAACGCAGUGAUGGCCUUCGGUACGAAGGAGAAUGGUCAGCGAACAAAAAGUACGGCUAUGGCGUUACUACGUUCCGAGACGGCACGAGGGAAGAAGGCAAAUAUAAAAAUAACGUGCUUAUAACGAGCCAGAAACGAAAACAUUUAUUCCUCAUGAGAUCCGCUAAAUUUCGGGAGCGAGUUGAUUCAGCAGUAAAUGCAGCGCAACGUGCAUCUAAAAUAGCAUUACAAAAGGCUGAUAUAGCUAUCUCCAGAACCGCCACGGCCAAAGGAAAGGCAGAACAAGCCGAUGAAGCGGCAGACCAAGCAAAAGAAGACUGUGAUAUAGCGCAAGCUACUGCGAAGCAGUUCGCUCCAGAUUUUAAGCACCCAGGCUUUGACAGAAUAGGAUUAAGAGAAAAAUAUAGACAAAAGGUUUACGAUGCACAAGUUGCAGCAAACGUAUCACAAGAAUCUGAAAAGAUCUUGGAUGGAAAGAGCAUUCCAAAUCAUAUCCCUCCGAUGCAUUCACAGAUUCCUCAAACAAAUAGAGCACCAAAUGCAGUAUCCUCCAGGAGACCUUCGACACAAUACCCCAAAUCCGUGGAUCCACGGCUCGCAAACAGUUCUAACUACAACACAGAUAAUAGAACUCUCGGUCCUCCACACGAUCCAUAUUAUACUUCAAAUCAAGAUAACUGGAAAUCUGCAAAUACUACACCUCAAAUUUCACCUGACAGUCAAAAAUCUUACUUACCAAAUGACCAAACAAAUCCAUAUGGACCUAUGUCACAAAGCAGCCAACAACAGCAAGCUCCUCCGUACAGAUACAAUCAACAAAGUAUGGACCAAAGUGCCCAGCAAUAUGUAACUCAAGAUCGACGAAUGUCCUCGACUAAUAGACUCCAAUCAAACCAGAGACCCCAGCAGCAAGAUUGGAAUCCUCCUCAAGCUCCUCCCCGACGACAGAGUGUGCUUGGUCAGCCUUCUUUUGACGCCCAGGGCAACGCAUACGUUGAUGGCGGAGCUUCUGCGUAUGGACGAAAUGAGUUACGAACUGGAACCGUACACUCCGAGGGCCCUCUCGACAGACAAGCAAUGCCAAAUCAACAAGCAUAUCGUCCGAACAUCGAUCCUCAAGGCUAUAGACAACCACUUGAUCAGCAAGGUUACGGCCAACCUCAAGAUCAAAUGUAUCGGCAGAUGCCCACUGACAAUCAGGGGUACCGGCAAUCAGGCUCUACUGAUCAGGGAUAUAGGCCCAGUGCUCCUACAGAACAAGAUAUUGUAAACGGGGCUCCUCGGCCCGCUGGACCACGUCCGUCCAUUGACUACUUUGAUCACUACAAAAGGCCACCAAGUCGAGAUUCAAGCGUAGAUCGAUACGGGCGACGGUCGCGUCAACCGUCUGUGGAAGCGGCUCCAAGUGGAGGCUCACGCGCAGGAUCCGUGGCGCCGCAGCCCGCGGUUCCUUCGCGACCAGCGUCCAGAGCGGCAACUCCUGCCGGCAACGGUCAUCUAGCUUCUGGCCGCGGCUCUAUAUCUCGAGCGGGUUCACGAGAACCUCAACCAUUUGAGGACUCACUUUUGAGGAAACGGACUCUAGGGCAGGAAAUUUCGCCGUCACCUUAUCAGCCUAAACGUACUGAAAGUUUGUAUGUGGCCCAAGCACCAGAACCACCGCCACCUGCGCCCAUGAGAGGCGGGGGAGGCGGCGGAGGCGGAGGAGGUCGUAAGAUGCUGAGCACGCCGCAAACCCUUCAGCGUAAGAAGUCGUUGCCGGACGUGGCGGGGAUGCCGCGCAUGCCGGACGGCGGCGGCAUGUCCCGCGAGGAGGUCUCGGCCCUCGGCUCGGCGCGACGCGAGGAAGUGCGCCGCAUGCACGAGGAGACCGAGAAACUGAGGGCCAACCCUCUGCUCUAUUUAGUUAGUCCGCAAGUCAAGGACUGGUUCUCCCGGCAGCAGCUGGUGAUCCUAGUGCUGUUCAUCAACAUCUCUCUGGGCAUCAUGUUCUUCAAGCUGCUCACGUAGCAUCGGCGUGUGGCGCACGCGCGCCUUUUCUUCCCGAUGCCGUUUACGACACUUUUGUAAAUAUUUGUAAUUUUUGAACCAGAAAUAGUCCAAAUAUUAUUUGAUGUGCUACAAAUGUUUAAAAAUAACAUUAAUCUUUGUUCCUUUUUAAUACGAGAGUUACAUUUACACAUCCAAUGAAAACGUAUUUAUUUGUCAAUAAGGACUUCAAUUUGCUAGUGUACUUUUCUUUGACGUUGUGAAAGUGUGCAAAGAAUGACGAUACAAGAGUGAAAACAUUAUCCAAAUAUUUCGUCGAGCUAAUAAUUUCGACUUGUUUUGUGCGGGAGUGAAUUGAACCGAUUUUGUGUCCGGUAAUCGGAAACUUCGAAUGUAAGGAGCAUGUUGUUCUAUAAACCUGCAUAUUGUAGGUUUAUUUACGCCUUCUAAUAUGAAGCUUAACGCCUUUAAUGUAAUUUCUACAACUGAGGUGUUGUUGAAAGCAGAGAGUUUUCGAAGAAUUCAUGCAGGUCGCUUACAUGCGGAAGGGAAACAUAUUUACAGAAACAACAAUAGACAACGACUCCCUCGAGGAGUGGUUUGUACCACACACACCAGUGCACUCACCAUGUUGUGUAACCACUGUCGAGUUGCCUCCGUGCAGUCAUAUGUAGCAUCCUACUUCAUCCAAAUUGUAGAGAUUGACCGAAUUAGGUAUCAGAAAACUUUUCCGCCAUUAUAGUGAAGUUGGUUAUGGGGACGUUAUUUAUUACUAAAUGUUAUUGUUGCUAAGUCAAAGUUUAAAUAAUCAAUAAAUUAUAUUUGUCAAUUUUUAAUAGUUUGUGCUGGUUAUUAAGAGAUUGAAAUAUUACGUACCCCGAGUGAUAAUAAAGGCACAAAAUAUGUUAGAUAUAGGUAUCUACUUGUUUCGAAAGUGUAUAUAAGAAGUAAUAAUGAUAUUAAUUAAAGUUUUACAAAUAUUACACCAAGUACGCAUACCUACCUGUAAGUAGAUACGUUGUUAUGCUUGCAAUAUGUACAAGACAUAAAAUUAAAAUGCAUGUGCAUUAUUUUCCUAUUCUAUUAAAAUUGUAAAAAUCUAGCGAUGAAUACUGAAUUUUUAUACAAGAUUUAAUCUUCAUUUUAUACCUAUGAAGUCAAUUCUCUCGUAAUCGAAUUGUUUAUAUGGUUGAUACUAUAUAAAUGGUAUGUUAGAUACUUUAUUAAUAUUGGCAUGGAAAGCGUGCGAUUGAGACUGUUGAUACGUAUUAUAUACACCUACAACGAAACUUAUUGAAAGCGCACAUUCGUUGUAAGGUUAUAUAUACAGUUGGUAAGACAAUUUUCACAGUUUCAUUAUUAUGUAAAGAAUAUAAGUUAUGUCUCUAAGAAUUUUAAUUACUUGUAUCGAUUUUAUCUACGUUUCAGAAAUAAAAUAUUUUAACAAAACGAAUA